AUGGGGGAAUACGAAGUUGAGACAAUCCGGAAAGCUAGGAUGAAAGGAGAUCGGAAGGGAAAUCCAAUGCAAUGGGAAUAUUAUGUUAAGACGCGGCAGGCGAAGGGAACGCAGAAACCUCCUACUCCACACCCGCCAGAGGAUGAAGCUCAGCCCGGAGACAGCAGACUCUCCCUGGCGGAUGCAGACCGACCACCGGAGGAUGUAGAGCACUCGGAGGAUACGGUGCAUCCUCCUGGGGAUGUUGUUUUGGAAGAUUCAAACGCUGUUGAACAAGCUGAAGCUGCAACAUUUGUACUCGAAGCAAAGCCUAUCACCUUUGCGAACCGGGUUGCUUCUGCUUUCAGCCAGUCUACAAUUUUUGGACCCUUGGCCUCUGGGUUCGGGUUUUCAAGCAGUACAGCUCAACCGGCAAGCCACACCCGGUAUCCGUUCAGUGUAAAUCUCGACCCGUCGGUGUCGCUUUUUGUGACCCUGCAAGACGUACAAGCGCCACAGUCCUUCUUGGAUGACCUCGGCACCACACGCGGCCCCACUGGCAAGUUUUACAGCCAUAAUCAUGCAACUGUACUGGCCCAUACCCUGAAACCUGAGGGAGCAUAUGCAAAAAUCGUUCUCUCUGAAAGCGCGCCAGCCGAGGAUGCUCAACACUUCGAACGCUUCGCCGCCCGGCUCAUGGCUGGUGAGAUGUUUGUCCAAAUGAUGGGCGGUGCGCUUUUGGCCAUGCUCAGCUCCGACAACAAUGAGCUGGGAGACAUACUUGCAGUGCCUUCUGCCCAGCUGCUUGGAGCACACAACGCUAUUCUCAUGGUCCACACCAAGGUCGAGGAUUACACGGAGUAUGCUAAGGCCGCAGAGAAUGCCGAUGACUCUCGUUGGUAG